AUGAGUGUGUGUGUGUCUGAUGUGAACAGUCAAAUCGUAAUGGCGACUGCUGGGACAGCAGACUCGGGAUCAGCAGCCCCGACAGAUAUAAGGACUCGUUUCUGGAGGAGAGCGUUACAGCGAGGGACCAGCAGCAUUCGGAAAAUGGCCCCAGCAGAGAUGCCCGGCUCCUCGGGCACGACUCAGAGCAUGAAGAAGACCAUCGGACACCGGGGAGUCGAGACCACCACAGGGGAGACCACCUACAAAAAGACCACGUCAUCUGCCCUGAAAGGUGCAAUCCAACUGGGCAUCACUCACACAGUCGGCAGCUUGAGCCAAAAGGCGGAGAGAGACGUCCUCAUGCAGGAUUUCGUCGUGGUCGAAAGCAUCUUCUUCCCCGGUGAAGGCAGUAACCUGACUCCCGCUCACCACUACAGUGACUUUCGCUUUAAGACCUAUGCUCCCAUUGCCUUUCGUUACUUCAGAGAACUGUUUGGCAUUCGGCCUGAUGACUACCUGUAUUCACUGUGUAACGAGCCGCUGAUCGAGCUGUCGAACCCCGGAGCCAGCGGAUCCCUCUUCUACGUCUCAAGUGACGAUGAGUUCAUCAUCAAGACUGUUCAACACAAAGAGGCUGAGUUCCUCCAGAAACUCCUACCUGGUUACUUCAUGAAUAUAAACCAAAACAAACGCACACUUCUACCCAAGUUCUACGGACUAUAUUGCGUUCAGGCGGGCGGCAAGAAUAUCCGUAUUGUAGUGAUGAACAAUCUCCUGCCUCGAAUCAUCCCCAUGCACCUCAAAUAUGACCUGAAAGGCUCCACCUACAAGAGAAGAGCUUCCCCAAAGGAAAGAGAAAAGGCUGUUCCCAUUUACAAAGACCUGGACUUUAUCCAGGACUUGCCCGACGGCCUGUUGCUGGAAGCAGACAACUACAAUGCUCUGUGCAAAACAAUACAGAGGGACUGCUUGCUCUUGCAGAGUUUCAAGAUCAUGGACUACAGUCUGUUGAUGGGCAUCCACAACAUGGACCAAGCCAGUCGGGAGCGGGAGCGCGCCGUGGGGAAUUCCGGCGACAGCGCCGGGUCGGAGGGCGCCGUCACCCCAGAUCAGCGCCGGCCACAGGCCCAAAAAAGUCUGUACUGUACGGCCAUGGAGUCCAUCCAGGGGGAGGCUCGAGGGAAGGGAGCUUUGGAUUCAGAAGACCACAUGGGAGGUAUUCCAGCGCGCAAUAAUAAAGGAGAGAGGCUGCUGAUCUAUAUCGGCAUCAUUGACAUUCUCCAGUCCUACAGGUUCAUUAAGAAGUUGGAGCACUCCUGGAAGGCCCUGGUUCACGAUGGGGACACGGUUUCAGUUCACAGACCUGGCUUCUAUGCAGACCGUUUCCAGCAGUUCAUGUGCAACACAGUAUUCAAGAAAAUCCCGCUGAAACCAUCGCCAUCCAAGAAGAGUCGUGGUGGAGGUCAGGGAGGUCUUAGGCGGGCCCCCACCCUGGGAGCUCCCACCCCACUCUCCCAUGCGACAGGACAGUCAGUACUCUACCACAGCCAUUUUAAAAGCACGGAGUCGGAGGCCGACAGUGGCGUGCAGUCGGGCAGACCAGACCUGGUUCCUAGAACGCCACCGCUGGCAGACAACCCUGCCGACUGUGAGGCCAACCUGUCCACAUCAUCAUUAGGCAGCACGGGCAUCGCCUGCACCUCUCCCCCCUUACGGUCUGUGGGAGUGGAAGUGCACAAAUCUGCAAAUACAGACUUUGACCAGGGCGCUUUCCACAGUUUGGGGGCGGAAGGGGCUCUUGAUACUUCAGGCAACCUGUCUGGAAAUGAAGACGUAGUUUCCCUGUCAGACAUCAUCCCCGAGACCAACAUCUGUUUCUAAAAAGGAAACAGAUUCCCAUCUGAAGACGAGGCGCCUUGUGAUGGAAGUGAGGCAAAAGAGCGAAUGAAAGUCUCCCGUCCACCGAAGAUCCCUCCGUUGCACCUCUGUUGUUUUCUCACCUCUGCAACACACGCGGGGGCCGCGGGACGCAAAACAACAAGGUGCAGUGGAGGUUUGUCGCGGAGGGGAACGCAACGAUGGGAAUAUCCAGAACGAGACCAUGUGUGGUAGGCUUUAGGCUUCCCCAGCCAUCAACACUGUCACUGUGCGCGCAUAUUUGUCCACAUUGUCUUUGACGUUACACCCAGAAAAAGGCUCACGACACUGGAGUGGCAGCGCGAUAUUGACGAGUUCGUCUGCUGCAAAGACGCGUAAAACAAAAUGGGUUAUGGAAGUCGCCAGUGGAUGGUGAGGGCAGUCAAAUUAUCCAUGAAGAGACAGUCAUCCUGCCCACUGUUCACAGCAUGAAGAGAUGUGAGUGGGUAGUGACUGUUCAGUAGGAACACGCACACACACACACACACACUUAUAAGCACAUGAAGGAUAUACUCUAAACAAGAGUGAACACAUUUCUGUGUUCAUGCACAGUCUAAGUGGGUUCACAUUUCUGUGACUCACACUCUAAGUGUUCCUGUUAAUGCACAUACAUUUCCCCUCUGCACUCCUCAUCGGCAGAGGCACUCUGAACUAUCAAUACUUCUCCCAGUGUCAUCUAUAGAAAUCACUCAAAUCAACACUCGCCGCUGUCGACUCUGCAGUCAUGUAUGCAUUUCUCUUUACCGACUGCGGACGGACAGUAUUUGUUUUGAAAACGGCAGAUGGAUGGAUCAGGCCCGUUUUUCUUUCUCGUUACGUUUUAAGUUAUUGUUCUGGAAGCCACAGUGGAGCCAGAUCACGCCACUGCUGAAUGUACAUUUCUGAUGUUUUUUUUUUUUUUUUUUUUCUUGUGUAAAAUGUGUCUUAUCAACAUGGCAGACAACACUGACGCAACCCUGAAAGUCUCCCCCUCUGAUGUGGCCGUACGAGCGAAUGAGUGCAAAGAGCUGCCGGCGGCGUUGUUGCUGGCUGGUAGGCGCUCUUGAAUGGUGAUCAUUCAUUGCUGUCUGUCAUGUCUGUGCCUUUUCACGUUUGUCGCUCUCCUACCGCGAAUGAACAACCGACGCGUUCACAGGCUGGCGUUCCUGUUAGAAACCUGCCUUAUCACUACAGCUGAAGUCAUGAAACUGCCACUCGUACAUGUCCGGACCAACCAGCCGGUGAUCGGAAAGAAUUUCAGAUUUUGAUCUAAACACUAGAACAAUCCCCAUGUUGGUUACGUGCAUGCUAGGUAUUCAUCAUUUCAAUUCUGCUAACAUCAGACGUAAGGAUGUCUGCCUCUUGUUCGUUUCUGCUGGUUACAGAAAUGACACUCGCCCACAUCCGCCCUCGGACCAACAUUACUAACACCUGUAUAAGUGUUUUUUUUUUUCCAUUUUAUUUGAUUUGUUUUUCUACGUAGUCUUACUUGGUUUUUUAUGUCGAACUAAGCUUCGUUUUCGCAUGUGUUUAUUUUAUUGUUUGUGGCACUAAACAAGCUACUGAGAUGGCUUUGGCAGAAAGGUUAUUACUACUCCACGAGAUGCUUUUUGCAGAAGGAAUUUGAAUCACUACAGAGUGACUGUAGCAACGCCAACGACAUCAUCUCAUUUAAGGAAUUGCUGUUGAGCACAUGUGGUCUAUGCAGUGGAGAGGCAGACGGGGGGAAACGUUAGAUGUAAAUUUCGAAGGGAGGAAAUUUGUCAAAGAUGCACAGUUGAGGAUUUCAGACUGCGUUGUUUUUUUUUGUUUGUUUUGUUUUAUAAUGAAGUUGUGGCACCAAAGAGAAGAGAGGAGCAGAGAGGACAGAUGAAGAGUUCCUGUGAAUGUUCAGGACCCAGUACAGAUGAUUAUAUUAGACACUCCUGGACAUUAGAUUCCUGCAUGGACUGAUGUGUUCUGUAUGGUAAUAACACUGGGUUGACCUGUGUUUUAAAGACAUAUUAUUAAACUGGAGGUCUUUCUUGUUUUUUUUGUUUUGUUUUGUUUUUUUUCCAUAUGAAUUUUAUGUCUGGUAUCCUGUAUCUAACAUAAAAAGAGCCCCGUAAAAUAUUAUUCUUCAUCAAAUCAUUGGUUUUCAUUGCAGCCUGAGACAUUUCAAGAUUUAGCUCCACAUUCCUGUGAAGUUCAAGUUGAAGUUACCACAACUGUGGUAGCUAUAUGUACCAGCUUGGUGCGGCUGGGAUAAUGUACUUGAAACUAAAUGCUUCUGCUUGUUUCAAACAUCAGCCUAAAAUUGUGAUUCAGUCCGUCGAGUGUUAACCAUCCACCAAAGAAAACACUCCACGAGUCUCUUUCCGAUUUGGGGAAAAAAAAAAAAAAAAAUCCAGAUUAUAUUUUGUUACAUCUGGAUUUUUUUUGUUGCAACUUUUAUAUACGUUUGUGGCACUGGUUGAUUGCUGGAUGCGGAUCAGUCCUGUCGCUGUCACUAAAUACACCAUGGCACAAGAACAAAACGUCAUCCUUCGGUGCUCAGAGGGUAGUGCAUUCAGUAAAGACACUACAAUGAAUUUUAAGUACUUUAAUAUGAACCACAAUCUGCCACCUUUCAGCUCUGAGAAGAAUAUUUAUUGAUAUGAUUGCUGUAGGUUGAAAUGACAAACAUUGUAUUGUGUAACUUAGAUGAUUGUAAGUAAACUGUAUACUGACAGAAGGAUGUCUGAACCUUUAUAGCGUGUAUUGCCUAUAAGGAGGGACUAUUUGACAAUUUCUCUUUUUAUAUUUCAUGUUUAGAUUGUGAUAUGACAGAUAUAUUCUCUCCAUGAUGAUUCUGGGUCGAUAAUUUCCCAUGCUUUUUUCUACAUGAAUGUUUCACACGUUGCUGGUCGUCCUAUAUGCUUCAAUUACUAUAUUUUUACUGUGUAUAAAAUGUGUAUAUGUACAUAGUCACGGAAAUGCCUUCUCAUGCAAUAUGUGCUGCCUGUUCCUCCUGCCAUGUUUCAGUUAUGUGGUGGUGAUUUUCAUGUCGGAUUUUAAAGGAUUAAACAUAUUUUCUAAAUCUGA